UAACUUCUGCAUUUGGUCAGCAGGUUAUGGUUAUAUUAAAAAAGGUGGAUUGUUUCACAUACACUAUAACAUACAUUUUGUCAGUAAAGCCAUGCUUUAUGAGAAAAGUUUCCUAAAAAUGCCUAUAAUUAAUAAUGGACUAUAAUUAUUGUUAAAAGGGGCCAUGCAAACCCUUAUUAUUUUGAUAAAUACAGAUCAAGUUAAAUUUAUUCAGCUUUCCACUACAGUGAAACAGCUGUUACUGGAUGUGUUUAAACUUUUAUAUAACAUAUUUGAUUGGAUUUCACACAUACGUCACACAUACCAAUUCACAUAUUUCACAUAUUUAACUACUGAGUAUAAUAAGUUAAAAGAGAAAACCUUCAAGAGAAACACAACAAAACCAAAACAGCAACUUUGUAGAAACACAGAGUGAUUUCAAAACGACUGUUUUAUAUUAACUAAGAACUACUUUUAAUGGUUCCCAAGAUGUAAUGGCUUUCUCUAAGUGAGGGUUGGGUUUGUUUUUAAUAAUCUAUAUGCUUUGUUAUGCAUUUUCCUUGUUUUAGUAAAAACAAAAUGUGUUUCUGUAGUUUCACUUAAGUUAGUGCUUGCAAUACAUGGCAAAUUACAGUCAUUUUAUUUUCUGGUAUUUGUUACUUUAUCCUUCAUGAGUGAGAACCAUCUCUUUCAAACACAGUAGGCCCAGUAAGGUGAGGAAAUAGGUGGAGUUUUCCCAACUUGGUCAUUUGCAAUGGAGAUGGUUUAGCAGCACUGUUUUAGCACAUAUCCGCUGUUGGGCCGGUUUGCUUUGAGGAAGGCUCUGCUUAUUCAUCCCGGUCAUAAAGCCGCGCUGCGCGCUGUAGCCCAGAGCGCACCGCUCAGCUGAGCCGUUUCCUACUCGAUUGUGAUGCUGAUGGCCUCGUUAAGGCCACUAUUGCGUCUUUUCUCUGCGGGCUGCGGGAAGCCCUACCACGGCCAUUUUCAUGGUCACACCACCCGCGGGCAUCCAGAGGUGGCAAACUAAACGAACCAGCAGGGGUUCCGAGGGGGAAACACUCUGUUUCUUAGCGUUGGAUAAGCGUGGUGUUAAAAUCCCCAAGAACAUCCAACCUCCGACUGAGCUACUGUAAGAUUUGUAAUAUUAGAUGAUUGAAAUACCAAGACCUAACAUCACACAUCUUUUCACGUCAUGCCAGACAAAGAGCAAUGCCAACAUAAAGCUCACAUAUGGGUGCACACGAACUAUUAGAAAUGUUUACCAUAAUAGUGCAAAAAGUGAUGAGCCAAAAUAGCACUAGAGUGAUGUAGGUGAUGUGUAGAGUCCAUACUCAUUAAGGAAUGUUUUAGCACAGUAAGCUUUCAGUUUUAUUCUUUAUACUUUAGUUGAUUUUGCUUAAUUUGAUGCAAUUGUUUUGUUGGCACUCAUUCUAAAUGUUAAGCAUUUACUAUUAGAUGCAUACAUACUUUGCCAUAUUCAUUAAAAUACCACAAAUUGGCAUCUAUAAAUUGAGUUUGCUUUGCAUGAAUACGCCGAGCGCACUCAAAGACUCACCAAAUCCCCCCACCUGUGCGCUUGCCUCCUCUGACUCCCCACGGUGAGGGGCCACUCUGAUAGGUCCAGAGGGUUAAUGGGACUGCCCUGCAGGGCAGCAGUCUUCCUGAAUAUAAAGCCUCGGCCCUUCUAACCACAGCAAACACAAGGAUAAGGAACAAGCAGACUGUGGAUGCACCCUUACGCAUGAAUAGGGCCUUUUGGUUUUUACGCACGGGAAAUCUUAAAUGCCUCUUUGGCACAGUUGAGUCUUAUUGCGUUUUCUUAACAUUCCGCGAGUGACCAUGACUCUCUCCAGUGAGUUUGAAGCUUCACAACACGCCGUUUCGUCUAUUGAAGAGGACGAGAUUGACAUAGUGGGCGAAGAUGAUCCAAGCCACGGGCGUUUGUAUCGCAAUGAGUGCGCCGGGUCCUCGGCAGAGUCUGGAGCAGAUUUUGACUCCUCAGAGCCAGAUUCUUCGGGGGAAAGCGAGAAUAGUUUCUGCGCAGACGCACCGCAGUCCAGGAAAGCCCAGAGCAGCUCGGUGAAGCCCCCCUACUCCUACAUCGCCCUCAUCACCAUGGCCAUCCUGCAGAGCCCGGUGAAGAAGCUGACUCUUAGCGGCAUCUGCGACUUCAUCAGCAACAAGUUCUCCUACUACAGAGACAAGUUCCCCGCUUGGCAGAACUCCAUCAGGCACAACCUUUCCCUCAAUGACUGUUUCAUCAAGAUCCCGAGGGAGCCUGGAAACCCGGGGAAAGGCAACUACUGGUCUCUGGAUCCUGCCUCUGAGGAUAUGUUCGACAACGGCAGCUUUCUCCGACGCCGAAAGCGCUUCAAGAGAAACCAGCCCGAGCUUGGCAAAGACGGACUUAUGUUUUAUUCCAACUUGCACUGCUACCGGCCGUACGGGCAACCAUAUUGCGUACAAGGCCAUGUAAGCCCCCCGCCCGCUGCUCCUAUCCGGUACAUGCCUCUGCAGGAGAGCAUCAUGAUGCCUCCCUCCUCUUAUCACCUUCUACCUCAAACUUUGAACACUAAGUGCAGUGGGCCCAAAGACUUCAGAGCGCAGGUUUGCGCAUCAGAACCCACUGAGCCAAAGCCCAGCCCGCAGGUGAAGUGCUCCUUCAGCAUCGACAGCAUCAUGAGCAAACCCUCUCCCAUCAGUCCACACAACCAAAACCCACAGCAGAGCCCUCGCAGUGCUUUUGGGUACGGUCAUCUGUUGUCAGGCCCUGCUGCCUGUUUGGUUCCGACGCUCCUGCAGCCUCCCAGGACUCCUUUCUGCCCUCCUGCCAUGCUGAGCACUGCUCCUGUAAGAAACCAGCAGCCCAGACUCUCAUACCAUCACUGCUGAAGCCUCUAUGUGUGAUGCUUUGUGAAGACACGUUCGUGUAGCUCGUUUCUUAAAGAAAUAUUUUAAUUGCAUGAUAUUUAUGUGCGUUGACAUUCAGAGUUUUAAAAAAUAAUCAGUGUAAAUAAGAUGAGUGGUAAUAUAUUUGUGAAAUUUGCUGCAGUGGAAACCCUCUCUGUGGUUGCUUGUUUUUUGUUAUUGA